AUGGAGAAGAUGAAGCAGCAUUGGGACAUGGUUGGAUUCGUCGCCGACGGCCAAUAUGGGAUUCUGAGAAGAUGCCCAUGUGGUGGAUCUAUCAAGCACGAUGAUGAUGGACUCCACUUUCGUCAGCUAUGGGUUUUCGGAGUCGAACAAGAGAUUGAGAAGCUAGUUAUGAAAGUUGAAGAGCAGAGCAAGACGAUUGAAGAAAUGCGAAAAUAGAUUCAGAUCCAAGCCGAAGAGAUAGCCAAGCUCAAGACUUAACGAAUCUGCAAUUUCUUUUAAUUGUUGUUUUGAUUAUUGUUCAAGACUAACGUUUCCCAUUUUGCUUGUAUUUUCUUAAGUUAUCAAU